GCGCGCAACAUGCUGCUAGGGUAAAUUCAUAAUUCAUUAACCUGUUGAAUAAUAUCCAUGGUGAUCAAGGGCCAUCACACAAUAAAUCGUUUAAUCAAUAACACUGUGCGUUUCACUGCUGGUAGAAUGUUUUCGCAAAAUAUGCUAAUUCGUGAUGGAGAAUACACUAAAUCUAUUUACACGAUGAUCAAAGAGGAACGUUUCCAGGAGGCGAUCAACGUUCUCAAUGGCAUCCCAGAGAUGUCCACGACUCGAGCUGGAUUGUCUCUGUUGGGUCACUGUUACUACCAGACGCAGGACUUUAUCGAAGCUUCGAAUUGCUACGAGCACCUCGUCAACUUGGUCCCGGAUGUGCCGGAGUACAAGCUGUACUACGCCCAGUCCCUGUUCCAAGCCGGUCUGUUCGAGGAGGCUCAGAAGAUCUCCACAGCCUUGGAUGCACCGCAGUUGAAGGAUAAGAUUUUGCAGCUUCAAUCGGCCAUUGCCUACGGAAAUGAGGACUAUUCUACCGCCCAAUCGCUUUUGCUCCAGCGCCAGGGCACGGGACAGGAAGCAACAGUAAAAAAUGACGAAGGUUGCCUACUCUACCAGGCCAACAUGUUCGAAGACGCAUUGCAGCGAUAUGUUUCUGCUUUGCAAGCGGGCGGAUUCAAUCCGCACAUUGCCUAUAACGUCGCGCUGUGUCAUUACCGAAAAAAGGAGAACUCACAAGCCCUGAACUAUAUUGCGGAAAUCGUUGAACGUGGCAUUAGAAAUCACCCGGAAUUGGGAGUUGGUGCCCAGGCUGAAACGGAAGGCGGUGCUCGUAGUGUUGGUAACCCACCGGCUCUGGCCGCCUCGGGUUUGGCACAGGCUUUCAACCUGAAAGCAGCCAUCGAAUAUCAGGAAGGAAACACCGAAGGAUCACGAGAGGCCUUAACCGAUCUGCCUCCACGUUCGGAACCGGAACUUGAUCCGGUAACGCUACAUAACAUGGCACUAACUGAUCCGGUCGGCGGUGGAGCAGGCCUCCGUCGGUUGGCGUUCCUCCUCGAGCUGGGUCCUCCUACCUGCCCACCGGAAACCUUCGCCAAUCUACUGCUACUAUGCUGCAAGCAUGAAAUGUACGACACGGCCGCUGACAUUCUCGCCGAGCACACCCAUCUUACGUACAAAUAUUUGUCGCCCUACCUGUACGACCUAUUGGAUGCCCUCAUUACAGCGCAGUCUACCCCGGAGGAAGCCGAACAGAAGCUUGGCGUCCUAGCCAACAGCAUCGGAGGAAGGCUUCGUUCAUUGGCCGCAAAGGUGCAGGAAUGUCGUUCCGCUCCCGAUCAGAAUGCACUCCGUAUGUCACUACGCGAGUACGAAUCCGCCCUGGAGAGCUAUCUCCCUGUUGCGAUGGCGCGAGCAUGGAUUCCGUGGCGCACGGACGACUUUCAAGGUGCGGAAAGGGAGUUCCGUGCUAGUGCGGAAUUUUGCUCGGAAACACCAACUUGGAGGUUGCAUGCAGCUCAUGUUCUCUUUAUGCGAGGCGAUCGCUACAAGGAAGCCGCCGCAUUCUAUGAACCAAUUGUGCGUCAGAACUAUGACGAUAUCUUGGCAGUGCCGGCGUCAGUAUUGGCGAACCUUUGCGUGGCCUAUAUCAUGACUUCGCAAAACGAAGAAGCCGAGGAGCUGAUGCGCAAAGUAGAACGCGCUGAGGAGCGCAAAGGCAACGCCAAUGGUCAGUGUUUGCAUUUGUGUAUCGUCAAUCUCGUGAUUGGAACGCUCUAUUGCGCCAAGGGUAAUUACGAGUUCGGUUUAUCCAGAAUAGCACACGCUCUAGACGGUGGAUCCGGGGCACGUCUCUGCGCCGAUACCUGGCUCCACGUGAAGCGAUGUGUUUUGGGCCUGCUGACGGGACUAUCCAAGCAGACCAUUGUGUUGCCAUCGAUUGCUAUUCAGGAAACGCUCAGCUUCCUGCGUACAUGUGAAGCGUAUGGGUUGACAAUUCCAUCCGUCCUAACGGGGCCAUUGGACGAGAGCGGUGAGCAACCGCCAACAAUUGGAUCGGAAGCGCGAAAGCUGAGGGCUCUGCUGCUGCGAUUAAUGGAGUACAAGUAGAAUGGAUGCAAAACAUAAAAUAUCCGUAGCUGACAGGAUCUAUUCAGAGCUAUGACGGUUGUUCUAUUGUUGGAAAGUAGGUUUCAUUGAUAUGCUUGUUAUUUUUUACUUUAAAAAUCUCUAAAAAUAGUAGAACAACACCU